AUGUUUUUCUUUUUAUUUUACUUUUUUAUAACUGGAUUAGGGAUUCAAACAAUUAAUAUUAAUUAGGAUUAUAUGGAUGAAGAAGAAUUAUUCGAAUUAGAGGAUUCUGAUUAUUUUAUAAUAUAAGAAAUAAAAAAUGGAACUAUGUUCUUUUAAGCAAGAACAUCAGACAUAUAGAAAUAUAUUUAGAUAGAGUAAUAUUAUAUUGAAUAAAAGAUUAAUAUUCUUAACACCAGGAGAUGGCUAGGUUAAUUUAUCAUUUACAAUAAGUAAAAACAGUUUUCCAUCAAUGAAAGAUAAUAGAACAAUUUCAUCAACAUAUGCAGAUAUAAAUGGUUUUUAUGUUAAGAAGAGUUAUUAAAACAUAGUAAUACCAGCAAAUUCAUUUGGGGCAGGUGAUAAAUUUUAUAUAACAAAUUUAAAAAGGGAAGAUGAAAAGACUUAUUAAUAUAAUAUUAGAAUAAAGAAGAGUGAUAAUAUUCCAUGUCCUAAUGAAUGCACUUAAGCUUCUUUAGGCUUUUGUAAUUUAGGUACAUGUGCAUGUGAACCAAAUAGAGUUGAUUUAGAUUGUUCUAAGAAGGCAACACCAUUAAUGUUUGAUAAAAGAAUGGAUAAUAUAACAGUAAGUGGAACAGAAUAUUUUUAUUUUGAAUAGAUUACUUAAUUAGAGACAAUUUUAUUAGAUAUUGGAAUUUCUAAUAUUUUAAUUGCAGAGUAUUCUUAAAUCUUUGUAUAUUUUAUGUUUGAAAACUUUAAAUAUGGUGUACCUACUCCAUAUUAUAAUAAUUAUUCUUUUACAUUUAGUCAAGAUUCAAAAAUUAAAUCACUAAUUAUUGAUGUUUCAGGUUUAAAUAAUAAUCCAGAUUUAAAUAGGUAAUGUAAACUUAUUAGUCUAGAUUUAAUCGACUUAUAUUAACAGUAGUAGUACCAGAUACUUGCGAAUUCUUUUUUAAAAUUAGUGUUCCUUCAGAUGAUAGUGAAGUUAAUACAAAUUUAAUGCUUAUUUACUUUUUGGUUUCCUUAGCUAUCGUGUUAGUAUUAACAUGGAUUAUAGUAACAUUAAUUAGAUAUAGAUAAAGAAAUAGAAUUUAAAAUGAAGUUUCAUUAAAUUAAUAAUCAUCUAAUUAAUAACAAAGAAGAAGUCAAAAUAAUGGCAUUAGUAUAUAGUAAUUGGAUUAUUUUAUGAAAAAGACUUUAUGGAAGAAUUUAGAUUAAAUUUAAAGAAUUAAAGAUAAAAAGAUAGACAUUCGUUAAUUUGAAGCUUGUACUGUUUGUCUAAUAGAAUAUGAUAAAGAUUCAAUAUGUAGAGUUACUCCAUGUGUUCAUGUAUUUCAUGCAGAUUGUUUAUAAUAAUGGAUGGUAGACAAAAAACAUGAAACAUGUCCUAUGUGUAGAGAAGAAUUGAAUUUAUAAGCCUUAGAAAAAUUUGCUGAAUAAGACAACACUCAUUAAAUAUAAGAAAAUUAAUAAAUUAAAAAAGGGGAUGUUUAACAUAGACAUGAAAAUAGCUUAUAGAUUAUCUCAUAACAAAGAUCAAAUCAGCCAUUUUCUUGA